AUGUCUGGGGACCAGCCAUCUGCGCAGCUUGAAGCUGCCGAGAGCAUUCCCAUCGCACAAUUAAACCCCGAAGUACAGGAACUCAAGUCACGCGUUGUUCGAGGCGUUGUCACAAUUACAUGGCCCUACAGCAUCAUAAACAAGACAGUCGCUUUCCUUCUUGCGGAGCCCGACUUCCGAUUGCGCCGCGCCAAAGGACAGGUGCGUGUAGAGUUUAGUGGCUCCAGCGCCAAAGCCGUCAGAGAUGCUGCCCUAGGAAGCGGUGAUGAGAUUGUACUCAGUUUGGACGGAGUCGAAUUAGCCGCCAAUGACUCCAAGACGCGCGUGCCUGGCACGAGCCUUGAAUGGCAACUGAAGUUUACGGAGAGGAUACUGCUACAGGCCAAGAUUAGCGAUUCGGAAGAAGUGAAGCGCAUAGAUAUCGACCAUCCCACAGUUUCCGAGUCGGAGCCCGUGCCGGAACAGCUACCAGAGUCCGUUCUCGAUUCCUUCAACGAACCUGCCAAGAGUCCAGAGCCUUUCGCAACGCCUGUAAAAAGCGCUUCCUCAAAGAGACCUGCCGAUCAGAGUCUGGGGUUGGAUGAAUAUGCUUCGCCUGCGUUUCUUAAGCGCGCCAGGGUAUCCUACGGGUCGUUAUUUGAAGGCAGCCUGAACAUUUUUGACGAAGAUGUUUCAGUCAAGACAAGAGCGAAGAAGCGAGCAAAGACUGGUAGAUACAGCGGGGUCUGGAGAUAUGCUAGUCGUUCCCCAAGUCCUGAACCGCAGAUUCGCGAGGAUGAGGAGAUCGACGACGCCUCAAUGGCAGAUGAGCAACCUGCGACAGCUACACCAUCCCGGCCGAAGAUGGUUGAUGAAGCAAGUCAGACGGUGGAGCUGGAUACUAGUCCACCAAGAGAUGUGCAGGUUGCAGCAGAGGCCCGGCAUAAUCCCGCACAAGGCUGGCACACGCCCUCGAAGUCAUCCAUGAUCGACUCAGGAGUUCAAUCGGACUUGCCCGGUGUGACACACACGCCAAAACUUGAUGUGACAUCAAAUUUGAAUCGUGUUGAGCAGCCCAUGCCUAUGCCGAUAUUCACCUCCGCUCAUGAGCAUUAUCCACCAGCCUUUGAUCAGCCGCCUCUCGGCCCAGUUUUUGACCAUGACAUCCACCAAACAGGAAUGGAGCCGCAGUAUCAUGCGGAUGGUUCCUUUCAUGAGCACUCGGAGGCAUACCCCGAAGCAGGGCUCGAGCAUGGUGUUGAAGCCCAUGGACAAUAUCCUGCGUCUUUCCUUGAGUCACCGCACUUCGAACAUCACACCGUUGCCCCAUCCCAGCCUAUCCAUGAGUCGAUGCCGGCUUAUCAAGACCAUGAUUCGCAAGGGCAUAUAGUCGAGUCUGGGCACCAUGCCACAUUUAUCGACCAGAUUGCUGAACCGCAGCAAGUCCCGUGGGGCCAUGCAUCGACACAACCAAGCAGAUCGUCUGUAAUGGCUGGAGAGGGAGCCCCUCCUGACUACAACUCGGCGCCUGCUGGUAGGGAAGGAGAGUUCCCGAUGAAAGAGCAGCCCGGAACACAAGCCGUACCAACUGAUCAUUGGGCCGAGGAUCGCGAACGUCGGACCAGAGACCAUCAUGAAGACCCCGAGGGCCAGCAAGCGGCGAUGAGAGUUGAAGAGGAUCAGGUCUCAGAAGACCAUGAUGGCCCUGAAGAGGAGUACACAUCCAGAACGUAUGCCGAGAGACAUUUUGAACCAAAGGAAGAGAAAGAAGAAGAAGAAGAAGAAGAAGAGGGGGAGGAAGAGGAAGCCGCAGCCUCAGCAAUUGACCAAGCCAGUAGCGAGAGCAGUGAGAGCAGUAGUGAGGAUAGCGAUGCGGACGCCGAGCCCGAAGAGGAUGAUGCCGGUGGAGACUAUGACAUUACCAAUUACCGCAAUCUUAGCAACAUUCAAGACGACGAUGAUGGCUCAGAUCUGGAGUCUGACUAUGGCGAAGAAGACGAGGAAGAGAUGCUUGAUCCAGACGUCCAAGGCAACGAGGACGAUGAGCUUGACGAAGACGCAGAGAAUUAUGGCGAGUACGACGAGUACGAAGAGGAGGAAGACUACGACGAGGCCGAGGACCAGGAGAAUCAGCCUCCUGCAGUAUCAAGUGGCGCCCCCCAGGUCAUAAGCUUACUAUCAGAUUCGGAAGAUGAAGAGGAUGAGGUACCGCCCCCUGUGCCCGAAGUGCCAACACGCCGUGUGCCACAAUACGACGGGUCUGCCGACGAGAUGGAUGAGGAUGACCUCGAAGACGAGGAGGAUAGUGACAAGGAAAAUGCUCUCGACAAUAAGGAUCAGCAGGUCUCAUCGCCUGUAAUACAUGAGGAAGAGAGUGGAGACGACGAAUCAGACGAUGCUACAGACCACGGCACGCCAACUCCGAAGCCUCGGGAGAACAUCAGCAUACCGAACUCCACUAGGAGCGUACAUACGUCUUCCCCUAAGGACACGGUCGGUUUCUCUGCAGAUAUGACCACGACUACAAUUGGUGACGACCUAGAAACCAUGAGUCCUGUCCGGCUACCACACGUAAUUCAGCCUUCGAACGACGAUAGCUCUCGGCCCGCCUCCCGCGACGAUUCCGAGAUGCUGGAGGCAGAACUUCAGCAAGAGCUAGAACAAGAGAUAGCAGCCGACGACGUUCAUGAAGACCAGAAAACACCAGAUCGCCAAGAUAUUGAGGCAGCGCCGACCUCCGCAGCAACGGAAGCAACGAAUGCCCCCGAGGCUGAUAGCCAAGAAGCCAUGGACACGGCAGAGUCCGAUGUCAAGGUGGAAAUCGAUGUUAGAACGGAAGAGGUCAGAACUGCACCCCAAGAAACGAGUGCCGCAGAGGUAGACCCGGAACCUGCUGAAGGGUUCGUUGCUGAGCCGAUGGACGUUAACAUGGCCGACACAGACGAAAACCCAGUUGACGAGGCCGCCGGGGAACAACAUGAAGAGUCCGAGAUGGACACCGCAGAGGCUCCAGAGCCUGUGCUAGAAGAUAUGGAUGAAGAACAGCUCAUUCAAAGCCAACUUGCGGACGAAACUAUGGCGGAGGAAGAGCACACGCUUAUCGUCGAGACCUCCGAGACUGUGGAAUAUCGAGAGAAUUCACCAACCGAGUCAAAUGGACCUGAGUACAAGAAUGCUUCGCCAAAUAUAGAAACUAUGGAAUCAUUAAAGGUCGAAGUCAAGUCAUCUGCAAUUGAUUCUCUGGCUACUCCGGCGCAGGAUGGGAAAGGCAUGCUUCCGCGCGAACCAGUAGACGCCAUGGACGUGGAUGAGCCUGACGCCAAGCAGGUCGAGGUGGCCUCGCCGCCUCCAACGCAAAUGCAAUCUCAGUCUUUUGAAGAAGUCAGGCUGGUCGAGACGCAUGUUUCCCAAGUCGCUGAGGAACCUGGUACUGAGGACAAUACGCGGCUUACACACCUUCCAACCCCGGCCGAGACCCAGGUUACGGAAUCUUUCAUGUCCUACUCCGCAGUUGAGACACAGGUCACGGAGGAAGUAAGCACCGGUGUGGCUCCUUCAGUACCGGCCGAAUCUAGUCCUAAAAAAGAGACACCAUCUGCCACUGGGGAAAAGCUGGAGAACCCUGGCAAUCCGACUUCGCCUAUCAACGACGAGUCAUCUCAAAUCCGAGACUCCUCGGCGCAACCGUCCGAAGCGCAGUCGUCUCUUAUCGCCGAGGAGGUCGCGGAGGAAACUAACGCCGCACAAUCAACUCCGAGGCGAGCACGCGGACACCGAAGAAACAAGUCAGAUAGCAAGGAUGUGGAUCCUAGCGUCAAACUGGCCCGUGCAUCAAUCGCAUCUCGACGUUCGACGCGACUAUCAGACCGGACCACCCCUGACAGCACGCGAGUUACCACCCGUGCAAGGUCACAUAGUCUCGCACUUAAGAGCGAUUCGCCAGAUGAAGACGAAGAUGCAGGUGUGCAGCUAGCCAGGGCCGCAAUUAAGUCGCCUUCACGAGGCACCAGAGAAGCCGACGAGGGAGACGUAGCAGCAGCAGCAGCAGCAACAGCACCAGCACCAGCACCAGCAGGAGAUGCGACAGCUUCGCUGAAGGCGCAACUCGCCAAGUCGCUUCGCAAUGCGCCAGACUGCAUAUCGCUAAAGGUGCUCCGUAAUCACCCGGGCAGAGCAGUGGACGUUAUCGCGAUUGCGACAACUGAGCCACCCGAAGCUAAGCGUGCAAAGGGUGGACCGCGGGGUAUCAUGCUGGCGUUCAAUAUCACGGAUCACUCGAUUGCGCCCACGCAGACGGUACCGGUGCAGAUCUUCCGACCACACAAGGCGGCGCUGCCUGUCGUACACCCGGGAGACGCGAUCCUCCUCCGGCAGUUCACCAUCACUUCUAUCACGGGCAGGGGGUUCGGCCUCCGAGCCAACGACGGCUCGAGCUGGGCCGUCUUUGAGCGGGACAGCGAGGACGACCUGCCGCAGAUCCGCGGACCGCCGGUGGAGCUGACGGAGGGGGAGACGUCACAUGCGGCUCUGCUGAAGCAGUGGUACACUGGGCUGGAUGCGAAGGCGCUGGCGAAGCUGGACAAGGCUAACGAGGCGGCGCCUGCUGUGGAAGCUGGGAAGGAAGACACCAAAUGA